UAUCCGGCAGGCAGGCGCACGCCGCCGACGAAAACAGCAAGCCUGCAGCCCACGCGCGCACGGGCCGCCAUGGGCGACGCCGGGGCGACGGGCGGCGUGCUCUCCCCGCCGUCCCCGCCGCCGCCGGAGCUGGGCAUGGUGGCGCGCGCCGUGCAGCGGCUCGUGGCAAGAAACGACGCGCUCGACGGCGGCGAGGGGACUGGGAGCGGGAUGGCGGCGUUCGAGGGCGCUGGCGCGCCGCGGAUCGGCCUGGCGCAGUACCUGGAGCGGGUGCACCGGUACGCGGGGCUGGAGCCCGAGUGCUACGUGGUGGCGUACGCGUACGUCGACAGGGCGGCGCACCGGCGCCCCGCCGCCGCCGUCGCGUCCAGGAACGUGCACCGCCUGCUCCUCGCUUGCCUCCUCGUCGCCUCCAAGGUCCUCGACGACUUCCACCACGACAACGCCUUCUUCGCGCGCGUGGGCGGCGUGAGCAACGCGGAGAUGAACAAGCUGGAGCUGGAGCUCCUCGACGUGCUCGGCUUUGAGGUCAUGCUCAGCCGCCGACUCUACGACCUCUACCACGCGCACCUCCACGACAAGGACGACACGCGGCACAGCGGCAGGGACGCCGCCGGCGUCGUCGACGAAUUAGUCGAGGCCGUCGUGUCGAUCAAGAUUGAGGAGCGAUCGGCGGACGGAGACGACGACGGUGAGUACGACACGAACGGCGCCGUGCAGUACGACUGGAACCAGGGGCCAGCGGCAGGGAACGGUGGCGCCGGCGUGCGGCGGCACUCGUCGUCGCAGGCACCGGCACGGUACUCCUUCUCGGGCCAGACUUCUGACUGA